CUGGGCCGGACUCAGUCUGUGCUCUACUGUAAUGAGCACGGCGUCCUGGGCUCUUUCUCUGAGGAGGCGCGGGCCUGCAGCUGCCCCCCCGAGCAGCCCUCCUGCCAGGGCGUGGUCCCCUGCGUGGUGGGCACCUCCCCCACCUCCUGCUCCCUCUGUGCGCCCGACAACGCCACCCGCUGCGGAGCCUGUCGCCACGGCAACCUCCUCCACCUGGGCUCCUGCCGCCCCAGCGUGGCUGCCUCUCUGGACCACUACCUGACCUUCGACCUGGACAUGCCCGAUGCUGAGGUGAAGUACCUGCUCCAGCGGCUGGACAGCAGGAUGGAGGUCCACGCCAUCUACAUCAGCAACGACGUCCGCCUGGGCAGCUGGUUCAACCCCGCCUGGAGGAAGAGGAUGUUGCUGACGCUCAAGAGCAACAAGAAUAAGUCCAACCUCAUCCACAUGCUGAUGGGCAUUUCUUUCCAGAUAUGCUCCACUAAGAAUUCCACCCUGGAGCCUGUGCCUGCCGUGUAUGUGAAUCCCUUCGGGGGCAGUCACUCAGAGAGCUGGUUCAUGCCGGUCAACCAGCCCGACUUCCCUGAUUGGGAGAGAACUAGACAGGACACCAUUGCUACUGCACAGUGUUACAACUGGACUCUCUCUCUGGGCAACAAGUGGAAAUCCUUCUUUGAAACGGUGCACAUCUACCUACGGAGUCGGAUACUCACAGACGACCCGGCGGUCAACGAGACUCUGUUCUACGAGCCCUUGGACUUAGAUGACCAGACCUCAAACCUGGGCUACAUGAAGAUCAACACCCUUAAAGUAUUUGGAUAUAGCAUGCACUUUGACCCGGAAGGUAUCAAGGAUCUGAUUCUGCAGCUGGACUACCCCUACACGCAGGGCACGCAGGACGCCGCCUUCCUCAUGCUGCUGGAGAUGAGGGAGCGGGUCAACAGGCUCUCCCCCCCCGCGCCCCAGCCGCUGGACCUGUUCUCCUGCCUGCUGCGCCACCGCCUCAAGCUGUCGGCCGGAGAGGUGGCGCGCAUCAAAGACUCCUUACAAAUCUUCAACUCCAAGCUGCCCAACGCUUUCCCAGACCCGGAGCUGGCUCAGCUCUGCAGCUAG